AGAGAGGCAGAGGGGCAGACAGGCAGAGAGAGAGAGGCAGCGAGCGGAGCACAGGCCGAGCCAGCACAGGGCAGCAGAGGGCGCGGCGGCCAGGCUGAACGCGGCGCGGGACGCGCGUGGGGCGCAGCGGGCGGAGCGCGGCCGGAGUCCCGGAGCCCCACGCGCCCGCAACCUGGCGGACAACUGUUGCGGCGGCGCGCGUGGGCAGCCCCGCGCCCCUGCAGUUGGCUCCCGAGGGCGCCAGCUCCCGGCUGCAUAGCGAGGAGCGACCGGCGCAGGCACGAGGCAGCGCCGGACGGGUCAAUGCCAGCCGGAUGAUGACCAGUUGUGGCCAGCGGUCCUGGAACUUGCUCGCAGUAUUCUCCCUGCUGUUUCCUGCAGUCCUGUCCGCACAUUUCCGGGUCUGUGAGCCUUACACAGACCACAAAGGCCGCUACCACUUCGGUUUCCACUGUCCCCGGCUCUCAGACAACAAGACCUUCGUCCUUUGCUGUCACCAUAACAACACGGUCUUCAAAUACUGCUGCAACGAGACAGAGUUCCAGGCGGUCAUGCAGGCAAACCUCACGGCUGGCCCCGAGGGCUACAUGCACAAUAACUACACAGCACUUCUUGGAGUGUGGAUCUACGGCUUCUUCGUGCUCACCCUCCUGGUCCUGGAUUUGCUCUAUUAUUCUGCUAUGAACUACGACAUUUGCAAGGUUUACCUGACCCGGUGGGGCAUCCACGGACGGUGGAUGAAACAGGCCCCCCGGCGGUGGGGGAACCCUGCUCGAGCCCCUCGGCCUGGACAGCCAGCCCCACAGCCACAGCCUCCCCCUGGUGCCAUGCCGCAAGCCCCUCAGGCUGUGCACAUGCUGCGGGGAGACACACACAGCCCACCCCUGAUGGCCUUCCAAAGCUCAUCUGCCUGAAAACCCUUUUGCUGUGCCUCAGGAUGGAGGAGGCUAGACCCAGAUCACUUGGCCCAGCUUCCGAGAACAGCUUCAACCAAGACCCCAGGGAGAGCCGGGGCAGUGGUGUGGUAACAGAAGAGGAAAUACCACCUGUGCCCAGAAACCCCUUCU